AUGAAAACCUUAUUUGUUUUGGCUGUCCUGAUCGCAGCAGUCUAUUCGGAGAACUGCAGGCGACACGACGACUGCACAACCACAACCUGUGGAACUGGGUCCGAAAUACACUGUAUCUUCCACACGUGUACCUGCACGACAGCAGGCGGAGCAACAUGCACCAUGGCGUCAGAUUGUCACGACAGGUGCACCUUUGGUCGCCAGCAUCACUGUAUUGACGGACAUUGCCGAUGUACUAUCUUGUAA